AUGACCAGCACAGGGAAGGGCCCGCGCCGCCGGGGGACGCGCGCGGGCGGGCUUUGGUUGGCGACUUGCGCAGCCUUGGUGGCGCUCGCGCCAACGUGUUCGGCGGACACGGGCUUCCCUGUUCCGUCGGCAUGCACUGCCGAGAACUCCUAUUUUGAUUUCGCGGGGCUGGAAUGCCGCACGUGCGACCCCGCGAGCCAGGUUGCGGGAGAGUCGAGCUGCGAGUGCCGGGCGGGCUUCGCGGACUUCUUCCCGGGCAUCAACGGCACGGGCUCGCUCAGCUUGCCGACGUGCCAGGACUGCGCGUCCCAGGGCCUCGCCGCCUCGUCCCUGGGCCCCUACUGCGUCGCGUGCGACGCCACGUCCGGCACGUCUGAGAUGGGCAGCUGGGCGUCGGCGAGCUUCGACGCGGCCGCCGCCGACUGCGUGUGCGACGGCGGCGCCAGCGGCGAGGUCACGGAGACCGACUCCGUGGGCGCGCCCUUCCUCGUGUCUGGCAACAGGGUGAAGCGCUGCGUGCUGUGCCCGUCUAACGCCGUGCUCGCGGACGGACGCUGCGUGCCGUGCGAGUACCCAAAGGUCGUCUCCAGCGGCGCGUGCGUGUGCCCCGCGACGGUUCCCGCGGGCGCGCUGUGCAGCGACCAGCCGAACGACCUCUCCGCGGCCACCAGCCUCCUCGGCGUCGGCACCACCGGCGACACCGCGUUCCAGGUGUCCUUCUUCGAGGUCGUGUCCGGCACGACGGCGACGAGCGCGCGCGACGUCACGCUCGUCUCCGACGCCAUCCGGGCCGGCCUCGGCCCCGCAGCGCUCGCCUGCGCGCAGCGCGGCAACGCCACGGCCUGCAGCGCGCUGGCCAACUUCUGCGUGCUCACGGACUUCGACGCGCAGAUCUCGACCGCGUGCGCGCUCUUCAACCGCAUCUUCGACCUCCGCGUCGCCGCGGGCGAGCGGUACGCCCGCCGCCUGAUGCAGAAGACGGACUUCCCGUUUCCGUGGGCGCGCGGCAUGCCGCUGCUCUACUACCCCGCGGAGCCCGACGCCGCGGAGGUGCUCCGCGCGGAGGACGUGCAGUCGUCGUUCGGGUUCUCGUCGCGGGGGGAAUUCGGGCCGGUAGAAGCCGGGUCGCGCACGGGAUACCUGCGGCUCAAGGCCGCGGCGUACGCGCUCGACGGGACGUACCUCGGCCUGGAGGACGUCACGGAUCAGCUGCAGGUGUGCGGCGACGUCGCGGACAAGGUGUCUGACUGGAACCGGUACGGGGUGCACUACAACGUCGAGUGCCGCGUCGAGGUGGUGCAGCUGCUGCAGCGCGGGACGGCGCGCGGGGGCGGCGCGGUGUUCUACGACCUGUACCUCGAGGACGGCGAGGGGCGGCUGUACCCGGUCCCCAUCGUGAACAAGUCGCAGCGGACGAACGGCGCGCUGGUGAACGCCGACGUGGCGCCGACGCAGUCCGCCCUGACGCGGAGGCUGUACGUGGUGGACGCGGCUGCGUCGGUGACGGCCUCGGGGGGCGCUCCGAGCAUCGUGCGGUACGCGAGGGCCGCGGUGCUGACCGUGCCGGCGCGCGAGGACGACCGCGGGCUCAUCCUGCCGCCCUACCUGACGGUGGAGUACGGAGCAGUCGACACGAGCUCCGGGGACCGCGCCACGGUCGCCGCGUCGUUCAAGGUCGAGUACACCAGCGACCUCGGCGCGUUCUGGGAGGCGUGGGAGAUCCUUCUGAUCGUGUUGACGAUCCUCUCGGGCGCGGUGUGGCUCGGUCGCAUGGCGCGCGUGCAGCGGCGGCUGCGCUCCUCGACCGACAUGUUCGGCGGGGAGUACUCGAUGGUGCGCGCGGGCAUCGUCGAGCUGUGCGACGCCGGCGCGAACGCCCUCCUCAUCCACACCGUCGCCCUCUGCGUGUACUGGACCUUCUUCUACAAGCUCCAGGAGGACCCGUUCGUCCUCGCGCCCACCGACGACGUCGUCGGCGACAUGCGCAUCGUCCUCAUCGCGGCGCUCGCCGGCAAGUCGCUCGCCGUCCUCGACCUGCUGCUCGUCCAGACGUCGUACAACAUCCUGCUGAUCGACUGGGAGCGCCCGCGCAAGGUCCUGCUCCCCGGCGCGUCCAGCGAGGGCCUCGCGCCCACCUCGGCCUGGCGGCAGGUGUUUGUGGCCAACGAGUGGAACGAGCUGGCGUCGUCGCGGCAGUCCAACCCCGCGCUGACGCUGUUCCUGGUCGCGGUGCUGCUCGACGGCGCGCGCUGGGGCGGCAUGGGCCUGCUGACGCCGCACGAGGGGGACUUGAAGGAGCACCCGCACAACGAGACGUCGUUCCUGCUGCGCACAGGCAUCGCAGCGCUGGUGUGGGGGCUGGUGCUCCUCGCGAGCUGGGUCUUCCGCGUGCUGUACAAGCGCUUCGCGGCCAACCCGCCGGCCCUGAUGACCGACCUGUGCUACAUGACGAACGUCAGCCUCGUCAUCCUUGACACCCCCUCCUCCGGGUACUACAUCCACGGGCGGUCCGGCAUGGCCUCCGCGGACGCCAGCCUCGGCGAGCUCAUGGCGCACAUCGCGCUCGAGGAGGCCUCCUCGAUCGGGUCCCGCGGGCUCACGAAGGGCGCGGCCAUGCAGCGGCAGCGCGACUGCCAAACCUUCGAGGUGUACCUGUCGCCGACGACCGCGGACGCGUACCGCGCGACGCUGGCGCGCGAGAUCGGGAUCCAGGAGGCUGGCGAGGGCGACUUGGCGCAGGUGCCGCUGCUGAAGAUGCUGCCCAAGGUGUCGGGCAAGGACGCGCGCGGGGCGGCGCAGACGGCGGCGCAGACGGCGAGCGCGCUGGCGGCGCAGAAGCACAUGUGCGGCAUCAUGAAGCGCGCGCUGGCGGAGGUGGAGGCGAGCGGGAUGGAGCAGGUGAUCGAGCAGACGUUCACGUCGACGGUGCUGGACAUUCCGCCGCCAGUGCUGCCGUCGCGCACGUCGCUGGUGUACGACUACAAGGAGAAGUUCAUGCGCACGACGCUGUACGGACGGGAGUGGUUCGUCACCGCGUGGGAGUUCAUGCUGUUCGCGGCGCUCGACGCGGAGCUGCACUCCUUUGCAUCCGCCGCAGCAGUCACGUGGUUCAUAUCGUGGGCGUUCCAGCAGCUCCACGCGCAGCGCGCCUCGAGCAACAUCGCCGCGAAGAGCAUGAUCGGCGACAAGUUCUUCCUCUAG